AUGCAGACCCCUGAAGCAGGCGCUGACUCCACCUCCACUGUCCCGCUUCAGACCGCCGUGCCUGUCCAGCCUACCGGCUCCACCCAGCAGGUGCCUGUCCAGCAGCAGGUACACCAGGCCCAGACUGUUCAACAGGUCCAGCAUGUUUACCCAGCACAGGUGCAGUAUGUCGAGGAAAACAGUGGCGUCUACACCAACGGCAACAUAAGAACCUACUCGUACUCUGAGCCGCAGCUGUACAGCCAGAACAGCGGGGGGAGUUACUUCGACACGCAGGGCAGCUCAUCGCAGGUGUCCACCGUGGUGACGUCUCAUGGCAUGACCAACAAUGGAGGAGGGAGCACCGGCGGGAUGAACAUGGGUUUGGCGGGGGGUCAGGUAAUCGGCAGCAGUUCCGGGGCUUACCUGAUGGACAACGCUGGACCACACCCUGCCACCCAGACCGCACGAGCCUCCCCAGCCACUAUUGAAAUGGCGAUUGAGACUCUCCAAAAAUCUGAGGGUUUAUCCAGUCAGAGAAGCUCGCUGCUCAACAGCCAUCUCCAGUGGCUUCUGGACAAUUACGAGACAGCAGAGGGAGUAAGUCUACCACGAUCCACCCUCUACAAUCAUUAUCUACGCCACUGCCAGGAGCAGAAACUGGACCCUGUAAAUGCAGCCUCUUUUGGCAAACUCAUUCGCUCCAUCUUCAUGGGACUCCGCACGAGGCGUCUUGGAACAAGAGGGAACUCUAAAUAUCAUUACUACGGUAUACGUGUGAAACCAGACUCCCCGCUCAACAGACUUCAAGAAGACAUGCAGUAUAUGGCUCUCAGACAGCAGCCAGUUCAGCAGAAGCAGAGGUUCAAGCCAGUGCAGAAGUUUGACAGUGGCUCUGGAGACAAUUACACAAGUGGAGGCCAGCACCAUCCUGGUGCAGCAGAGCAGACUGUUAUUGCACAGAGCCAGCACCACCAGCAGUUCCUAGAUGCAUCGCGGGCACUCCCUGACUUUGUAGAACUGGACCUUGGACAGAAUAAUCCAGAAAACAUCAGCCCAGAAGAUGUAAAAGCUCUCCAAUCCCUUUACAGAGAGCACUGCGAGGCUAUAUUGGAUGUUGUUGUGAACCUCCAGUUUGGGCUGAUCGAGAAGCUGUGGCAGACGUUCUGGCGUUAUUCUCCUCCUGACACUGUAGAGGGCGCCACCGUAACAGAGAAUAGCAGCAUAAGUGAGAUCGAAGCCCGGCUUCCUCGAGCACAGCUAUUGGUGCUGUGCAGAAACGAGGCGGUUCUGAAGUGGAUGAGCACCUGUGACCAUUUAAUGUACCAGGCCCUCGUAGAGAUUCUUAUUCCUGAUGUCCUGAGACCCAUUCCCAGUGCCUUGACUCAAGCCAUUCGCAACUUUGCCAAAAGCCUAGAAAGUUGGCUUAGUAAUGCCAUGAAUGCCAUUCCCCAGAGAAUGAUUCAGACCAAGAUCGCCGCUGUUAGUGCCUUUGCGCAAACGUUGCGCAGAUAUACAUCUCUGAACCACCUGGCUCAGGCGGCACGCGCUGUGUUGCAGAACACAUCACAGAUCAACCAGAUGCUGAGUGAUCUCAACCGGGUUGACUUCGCCAAUGUACAGGAGCAGGCAUCGUGGGUGUGCCAGUGUGAGGAGGGAAUGGUUCAGCACUUGGAGCAGGACUUUAAGGCUACGUUGCAGCAGCAGAGCUCUCUGGAGCAAUGGGCAGCCUGGCUGGAUAAUGUGGUCACUCAGGUGCUGAAGCCUUACGAGCACAGGCCCAGCUUCCCCAGGGCAGCUAGACAGUUCCUGCUGAAGUGGUCCUUCUACAGUUCUAUGGUGAUCAGGGACCUGACCCUGCGCAGUGCUGCCAGCUUUGGCUCCUUCCACCUCAUUCGCCUGCUUUAUGAUGAGUACAUGUUUUAUCUAGUGGAACACCGUGUGGCUCAAGCUACCGGAGAGACUCCUAUUGGCGUCAUGGGCGAAUUCGACAACCUCAACAACUUAUCCCUUACUAGCAUUGAUAAAGAUGAAACGAGUGGGAUGGACAGCGACUUGGAAGAGGACACGGAGGAGUCCGGGGAACCACUCCCCAAGAGGGAGAAAUCAGAGCGUGAGGUAAUCCAGGUGAUCCAGGUCGGGGCUCUAGAUGACGGGACCCACCCUGUGGUGGGUGUUGUCCAGCCAAGCGUACUCCACUCACUGCCACAGCCUCCCCAGGACCACACUGAGCACAUCCUAACCCCCUCUGCUGGGACUCCCACCAUCCGACACUGCAGCACCACAGGCAACACGUACGCCUCCGUUUGA